UCUUAAAAAAUUCACGACACGUGGACUGAUAUAGCGGAAUGCAUUGCUAGUUUACGAUGGAUUUUCUAACUUGAUCUACUGUUUUGUUGAGGUUGCUAUGUGGAAUAGGAAUUCAUAUUUGUCAUCUGUCAAAGACAAUAUUUGUAUCCGGCGUGAAAAUCUUAAAAAUGUGAUGCCAGGAAACGAAGUAAAGAUGAAGGAAAGUUUGGCAGUGCGUGCACCGACGAAGCCCGAGGCCAAGCCAAAGCAGGAGAAUGCUCUCAGUCAGCUUAGAGUGAUGUAUCCCGACUCCUCUGGGGAAUCUUCAUCUGAGAUGUCCGAUAACGAAGUCGAAGAAUGGGACAAGACCGGAGAAUCGGGUAAAGUAAAGAAUAGCAAGAAUGGCGAGGACCAAAGUAAGCUUCAGAACAUGAAAAACUCAGAAAAAUCAGUUGGAAUGCUUCUGUCACAGUUGCGAAGGGAGAAUAAAUCUAAACAGCAUGAAUUUAAGAUCCCACAUGAUAAGGGACAUUCAAGAGCACAUAAAGACGUGCUUUCCAAUAUGCAACAAGAUAGUUCUAACCAUUGGCUUCAUCAAAGUGACAACCAUGCUGGCAUUAAACAGGAACUGGGGGUUAUAAAAAUACAGGACCAUGCUGGCAUCAAACAGGAACUGGGAAUUACAAGAACACAGGACCAUACUGACAUCAAACAAGAACUGGGAAUUACAAGAAUGCAGGACUAUGCAGGCAUCAAACAGGAACUGGGAUUUACAAGAACACAGCACCAUACUGGCAUCAAACAAGAACUGGGAAUUACAAGAACACAGGACCAUGCUGGCAUCAAACAGAAACUGGGGAUUACAAGAACACAGGUCUAUGCUGGCAUCAAACAAGAACUUGGAAUCACAAAAACGCAGGACCAUGCUGGCAUCAAACAAGAACUUGGAAUUACAAAAACGCAGGACCAUGCUGGCAUCAAACAAAAACUGGGAAUUACAAGAACACAGGACCAUACUGACAUCAAACAAGAACUUGGAAUUACAAAAACGCAGGACCAUGCUGGCAUCAAACAGGAACUGGGAAUUACAAGAACACAGGACCAUGCUGGCAUCAAACAAGAACUUGGAAUUACAAAAAUGCAGGACCAUGCUGGCAUCAAACAAGAACUGGGAAUUACAAGAACACAGGACCAUACUGACAUCAAACAAGAACUUGGAAUUACAAAAAUGCAGGACCAUGCUGGCAUCAAACAAGAACUGGGAAUUACAAGAACACAGGACCAUGCUGGCAUGAAACAACUGGGAAAUACAAGAACACAGGACCAUGCUGGCAUCAAACAAGAACUGGGAAUUACAAGAACACAGGACCAUACUGACAUCAAACAAGAACUGGGAAUUACAAGGAUGCAGAACCAUGCUGUCAUCAAACAAGAACUGGAAAUUACAAGAAUGCAGGACCAUGCUGGCAUCAAACAAGAACUGGGAAUAAAUCCUGCGCUGGCUGCUAGAAAUGAAAAGACUGGGCCUGGGAUAUUGGUUGAUCGGUCUUGGCAAGCAGUGGGACAACUUAUUUCAAUACAAGUACCAAAUGAAAAGAAAGAAAUGCCAGACAGAGUUAACACAAAGUGUAACCCAACGCACCAAGGUACAUCUUCUGCCUCACAAGCUGAGAUUAAUAAUGAAAAAGGGAAAGAUGAAGUCUAUGAUCCAUCUCCUACCUGUGGGUAUUCGGUUAGUGAAGAUAACGAAGUAGAGUCAAUAGAACGUGAUCAUGAGUUUGUGAUAGGGCCAAAGCAGUCACAGGUGAAAGCAAGCUCUCAGGUAAAAUUUAAGGAAGACAGAAACAACAACAACGAUGAUUUGCUAGAGACUGUUGGUGAAAUGGCAUAUGUGGCUCAAGAAGAACAAGGUGUACCAGAAUGCAAUGAGAACCAAACUGUUAUUGAAGUGCCACACUCUGAAACCAUCUCUGAAUCGGAUAGAGUAAACCAUCCAGCAGUGGAGGGGAACAAGACUACUAAGGAGGGCACUUUUACUAUGAUCACAGAGCCUGCGAAUUGGAGUCUGUCUAUUAGUUCAGAAGUGACUGGGAAUGCGCCUGUGGAGGAAUGUCAGUAUCUUUGUGCUAAGCAACCGGCUGGGUUGCUUGCUAAGUGUUUUGAGAUAACUAAAGAAGUUCAAGAUGUCAAUGAGGUCAGUAAAGAAUCUGUUCUAGGCACUGACACAAUCAACAUGGUUAACAAUCAUCUACAAGAGGUGAAGGAAGGGUUUAUAGAGAACCCUGCAGUGUGCGAUGAUGCUAGCAAAUCCAGUGGUGAUCUCAUGGGUCAUGAAGUCCUCCCUGACAAGAAACAAAGGGACCAAGAGAAGGAAAUUUUGAUUCAGUGUGAGAGUGAUGGAUUUGAUCACUCUCAAGAGAAUUCAAGUACUGAUCAUUAUGGCGAACAUUCUGUUUCAUCUGAAAUAAGUUCUAAAGUCACUUCAUCAUUUUCUGAACCCAUAGAAGACAAAAUGGAGAGUCCAUCAAAUGACCAGAAAGUAGACUUUAAGAGGCAAGAAGAAAAAAAUCAAGUUGGUGCUGAUCUAACAUCUACUGAUAUAAAUAAUGAAGCAUUACUGGAUUCUGAUUCCGUGUGUUUGGACUUUACCGAGGAGUGUCUUGGUGAGAGUGGCAGUCGUCGGUCAUCACCUGAAAUACCACAAAGAAUGUAUAGCCCUGAUUGUAUCGAUGAUCCCUGUCUUCAAACCAACCUUGUUCCAGAACAGACGGGAAAGUCACUUGAAGAAGCAAAUGAUGACUUCCACCUGAAACGUCCUGAAAAUUCAUGCCUGAAAAUAUGCCAAAGAGGAGACAAACUUAGAAUGCAAGACAUUGAUCUAGACGAGAGCAAAGGCAGAGUUCCAUUCUCUUACCUGCACCUUGAGGCGGAAAAACAGUCAUCACCAGAGAAAACAAAUGAAUCUGAUGGAACUUUUUGGAUUGACCAAAGAAGGGAGAUCAUCUCCGGAGAAUCCACAGGCCUUGUUGUAACAUUCAGCAAUGAAAAUGUACUUGUAGAUAGUAAUGUAUCUCCACAAUUUGGGCAUGAUAUGAUCCUAGAUCUUACAAAAGAAUCAUCUGAUCUAUCAGGCUACUCAAACAACCAAUCAAAAUCACAUUCAGUUACUUCUUUAAUGAAUGAUUUUGAGCAGUCAACAUCAGAUAGCUUUGAUGACCUGAGAGAGCAUUCUGCCCUGCAGUUGAAGGAGAAAGAGGAUGAGGGUUGUAACACAGGCAAAGCAGAUACUGAUCAAGGUGAUGUUAAUUUACUAUCAGUCACAAGUGGUGCAUUGGAUAGUCCUGUCAUUAAUACUGUUUUAGAGGAUUCAGACGAAAGUAUGGGUUGUUCAUUGAGUGGUUUGAGUGAUGCCCUAGAUCUAGAGUUUGGUUCCGCUUCUCCUAGUCCAGUAAAAAUGAAAAACCACAAUACAAGUCAAAGCUUGGUUGGAAUUUUCAACAGUCUGUUCGACGGGAAAGCCAAAGAGAGCACCGAUGCUGCGAUGGUGGAUACAAAUGAUGGGAUUGAACUUGAUGUUAAACAGGAAGUGUAUUCAGAGACUGAUUCAACACCAGAACAUGACCUAGGAGAUUUAGGCACAGAGCUGCAAGAAAAGCCUCAAGGAAACUCUUGUCUUGGAGAUGAGACACCUGAGAAUGAGGAUGCAUUGUCCCUUGUAUGUGAUACAGAAGAUCUGAUGAGUAACCUUGAGGAUCUUCUACAGGAUGAAAAUCUUCAGUUGACUAAACAGAGUCCAGAAAAAGAUAAAGCGGUAUCGGUGGAUGACAGUAGUACGUCCACAUCUACCAAAGAUAUGAGUGUUGAGUCAUAUAAAAAACAGUGCAGCUCAAGUUCCAGAGAGAUGCCAUCAUCCCCUCUGAGGUCGAGAACAAUGUCAAGGACGACGACGUCUAGAAGUGAAGAUAGAAGUCAGAGAGAUACCAAACCAGAGUAUAAAGUAUCCAUCCAUUCCCGGAACGAAAACUCGCGAUAUGUUUUCAAAAGUCAAGAAGCUCAUAGGGCGGUUAAAGAGAGGAGUCCCCAGCGAGUCUUGGGUCCUAACAGGAAUCGGUCGUCCCACAAACCACAGAGUGCUUCGGAACGGCUAGCCCCCAAACCACUGAGCGCUUCAGAACUGCUAGCCAAUAAAUCGCUAAGUGCUUCUGAGCGGUUGGCCUUGCAACAAAGACUGGGUGCUCAAAAAGCUGCCAACAUAUCAUCAAACUUAGCCCUUCAGCAGUUGAUCAGGAAUGGCCCAGUGAUUCAGCCUUCGGAAAUCCUGCAGCAGCAACUUCAGCAAAAGCAGCAACUACAGCAGCAGCAAUUGCAGCAGCAACAGCAGAAGCAGCAACUACAGCAACAGCAGCAGCAAUUGCAGCAGCAACAGCAAGAGCUACAGAGACGCCUUCAGCAACAGCUUCCUCCUGCUCUUCAACUCCGCCUUGGACUGAUGCAAAAUAAUUCUGGACUGCAGCCAACGCAGAAUGUAUCUGAUGAUGUAGCCAUGAUCUGCCAACGUCAAAAGGUGAUGGUGGAAAGAUUAAUUCAGCUCUAUAAGCAACAGCGUGAAAGCGACGUCCUCAUGGAGAAACAGAAGGAUAUCAUUCGGCAUUACCAACGAGCAUUUCUCAUUGCCAAGAAAGGAGGGCCACUUUCAAUGCAACAGGUUGCAGAGGACAACACCUCACGCCAGCGCUCUACCCCAAGGUCCAAGUCUCCUCCUCCAAGGACAGGGUCUGACCCAGAUAGAAAAAUUGGCAAAAAGUGGCCCACUUGUGACCGUAGAGAGGAGUACAGAUAUCAGGAUCAAUCGGAGGCCAAGAGGGUGAAGGUUUAUCAUGGGAACAGGGAAAUGAGAGAGCAUUCAUAUGAGAGAUCUUCCCCGUCUCCAGAUAAGGAACAGCCACAAAGACGUGUUGAGCAGAGAAUCAUCAAACCAAGAGAAAUCCCCGUUAGGUCUCGCCUUGGUUUUGUAAAUGACCAUGAUGAGGGGAGACAGCCUAGGAAUCUCAGACGUCCGAGUGAUGAACAGAUGCUGAUUUCAGUACCUAACAAACGUCCGGAUGAUGAGAUGAAUCAGGACAGGAGAUGCAUCAAGCAGAAGUCCUCACCAUUAUAUUCUGGGACAAGGGAUCGUCCAGAUCCUCGCUGUGAUGAUGUAGUAUUUCAACCCAUCCAGGACUCCCAUGUGGAGCAGAGAGUCGGUCAUCCCAGAGCUAUGAGUGUCAGAAAUGAAGAACCAAGAGGCAUGAGCCCAGUGACCAUCGUUGAGGAGUACGGUGACUACUACAUGAAUUCUAGGAAUCCCCAUAUGCCCCAUAAAGAAUUUCCACAUGAAAGUGUCCCUGGACCACCCUGCCAGGAGGAGCGCACAUCUUCUUUCAAUCCCUGCCAAGGUAGGAGGACUCCAUCACCACACAUUAAUUCACAGUGGGAGUCUUGUAGAAUCACAGAGAGGGAUACAAGAACAGGGGUGGUCAUUGACUACUUCCAUUCAUCCGUAAACCAGGAACAUUCGCAGGUGGACAGAGCUGAUAGGCCAGAGAUGCUUGAGCCACCACCAUUCCUGGACAGGAGGUACGCUUGUCCGUCUCCUCUGGACCAACAUCCCAGUGAGUGUUUCCCAGAAGAUGUCAGCCAAGGGUCUUACAGAGGACCAGAGUAUCAUGGUAGAUCACACUGCCAUGGUAGUUGUCGGGCACCUUUGAGACCUGUGUUUGAGAGGGCUUGCAGAACUCCGCCCCACCCUGCUGCAGCUGACAUCCACGGCAACUACAGACCACCCAUGCAUACUAUUCAUAUGAACAAUGGACCUGUUUUCAGAGUUCCUUGUCCCACUUCUGUCAUUCCAAGCCAAGGAUGUUUCAGAUCACCAAGACACCCUGCUAUGGCCAGCCACCAAGGUGACUUCAGAUCUUUGGUUCGCCCUCCAGUCGUUGCUGCCUACCCCAAUGUGAUGCCCCAAAACUUUGGAGGUGCCCUGCCACAGUCAUCUCCCACUCCUGGUCCUGGGUUGCUAGAAUCACACAUGCAAUCCAGGGUUGGGUAUAGACAGGAAUGUGGAUAUCCUGAUGAAAGUGGACAAUAUGCUGAUUUUGGAUAUUGACUUGGGAGUGAGUGAUGGAGGUGGUAAAGUUGAAGAUUGAUUUCUUGUCCUGUACCUGUGACUGCAAGUCAAUAAUUUUAAGCCAGCUACAGGAACACAUACCCAUUUGUAUGGAUACUCCCCUCUCUUUAAUCAUAAAAAACACAUCUAUGCUAUUGCAUUAAUUAAUUGGAUAUUUCAUUAGAUUGAAAUAUGUUUUAUACAAGCCAGAGGGGUUUCAUUGUAGUUUACCAACUUUUUAGAACAAAAAAUGUUGGUACUUUUAUAUAUACUUUUUAAAGUUCCUAAAUGUGUACAAAACUUAUGAGAAAUCUGUUUUCUCUUGCAUAUAUUGGAGGUGAACAAUUUUUUUUCAUUGAUUUAACAAACCAUUUUUAUUUCUUCCACUGCAAGAUGUAAUCAUAGUGGAAAAUAUAUGUCAUGUGACAAUCAGUAUGGAACCUUACUUCCCUCCCCCUUCUGUCUUUGAUCUACCCUCCUCUCUGAUAAACAUAUUAAAUUCACAAAAUAUGGAUAUCAUAUAUCAUCUCUAUUAGUUUUCAUUUUUUUUAAGAGAUGAUCAAAGUAGAAGAGGUUUUUGUAGUGUGAAUCGAUCUGCCAAAAUACAAGAUUCACUUUGACAUCAAUGUAUUAUGAAGAAUGUUAUAAUAGACCUCAUACUUAGAUCAUGUUAUAGCUAGAUGCCAUGCUCCUGUGUGGUCUGGGUGUUCCUAGUCGCAUAAUUGCCGCUCUUCACCCAAGUGAUGUGUUUUCUCAAAAAAAUAGUGUGUUUUGUAGUAAAUUAAAAUGUACUUGAUACUAUCUGAUAAUAGGAGCCAGAGAAAUAUUGGAGCACUCCAGUGAUAUGAGGUGGACACAACAUUUGCUCCUGCGACAAUUGCUCUGGGCUUUAUUUUAUCUAAGUUGUAAGGUUAGGGUUGCAAUAGUUUUAGUUUAGCUUUAGCUUUGGGAUAGAAUAGUGUUAAAAUCAUGGUUGAAGGUGGACAUUUGUUUGGUGUGAGGAAAUUAUAGUGGAGCAAUUAUUGCCAGUGCAAAUGCCAUAGAACCAAUGAGAGUUCUAAUAUCAAUGAGCUUUCAUAAAAAAUUAUGAAAACCUGUCCUCACCCCCUUUCUUCUCUAUUGAAAAAAUAUUGUAUAGCACAAAUGGAAAUCGCGACUAAAUAACUGCAAGUCUGCUUUCCCUACAGAAACAACACAAUUAAAUCUACAACAGAAAGGGGAAGGAGCAAUGAAAGACAUUCACUUCUUCACAUAUAUAUUGUGUAUUAGAGUGGUACAUGAGCAUACGAUACUGUAAAUACCUGUACAUAGCAAGUUUGCUUAAUGCCUUUUUUUUAUCUUCAGGUUUGAGCCCUUGCAUUGGGGAGUGACUAACUCAAAUUCAGAAGAUUUUGACCUUGUUCUUUCAAAGUUGAGAAUGAUCAACCAUUUUAUAGUUUUGUAAGUUUUUUUAAUCAAACGGCAAUCAUGCAUUAUAAAGCAUUCACCUUGGAUGUUGUAUGCCCCCCCCCCCCCCCGUAAAAGUUCAUAGCCUCUCAACGUUUGUAAUCAAAUGUCAUCAAAAAGUCUGUUAUCUACUACUUUACACAUACACUGCUUAUUGUGUUGUACAUAUAAUUACCUGUUUGUUAUUCAAGUUUUAAGGGAGCUGUUUUUAUUGUGGUUUUUCAUGCAAGUAUAUCAGCUCAUCAUGUAGAAUAGAUGUUUUUUCUCAUUGAGGCCAUGCCAGCUGGAUAAAAGAAAGUAUUUCUACUUUCAUGAUAUUUUAACUAAAAGUAUUGCAAGAUUAAAUGCCAGGGGCCAUUUUAUGCUUUGGUCCAACAUAGGUGAUUGCUGGAAGCAUUGUUUUUUCAGGCUGUCCGUCUGUCCCAUUUUUGUUUUCUCAACAACUAAAAUCUGUUUGAUAAAAAAAAUUUAACUUGAUCCAAGUGAAAGAACAAGAGUGGCAAUUAUUUUGAGGUCACAAGGUCAAAGGCCACAUGUCAUUGUUUUCCUAAAAAUACACUCUUUUUGUGUUAACUAAAGAAACGUUUUAUAAUACACAAGAAGUACCCAUUUUACCUCAUACAUGUACGUUACAAUGAUUUGAUUAGACUUUAAUGUAAAAUUACAAAACAAGUAUGAAGAUGUUAAACCUCAAAAAAAAUAUUUGUGACCUCAAAGAAAUGAACAUUGCAAGUCAUUCUAAAUUGUGAGAUUAUUAUAUUGCACAGUGUGAUCUGUGGAUAUUUCUUUUAUUUUUUAUCAAACUUUACAGCAGUGCAUAUAACAGUCAGUUCUUUGAAACAAAGAAACCAACAAGAACUCAGAAGUGGGCCUUAAUUAUAGGGUGCUUUUUUAUCAGAUUUUUUUUUAUUGUGGUUAUUCAAAGAAGUAUGUAAACAUUUAAAUGUUUCUUUACGAUGAUUAUAAGCAGUGGGUAAUGUGGUUUUUUUAUUCUUUUAAUAUGUAAAAUAUAAAUUUUCAUGGAAAUGUACAUGUAUCUUAACAUGUAAAUGUUUCUUUAGGUCGGUUAAUUUGAAUGCCAUGGAAGUAAUAUAUUCAGUCUUAAUUACGAGCAGUAGGUACUGUGUUAUUUUUAUUCUUUUUAAUAUGUAUGCUAUCAAUUUUCAUGGAAACGCACAUACAUAUGUAAACAUUU